AUGAAUGCUAAACAAAAACAAAAAAAUGUAUCAACAAUGUUUGAAAUUGCUCGUGGUACUAAUCAAUCAAUAGGUGUUACUUAUCAACAUCAAGGAAUUACUAUUGAAACAGAAAUGGUCAUCAGAAAAAACGUAAUAAGCUUGAAUGUUAAAAAUGAUGAAAUUCAAUUGGAUGAAUCAUCUGUUCCUUUCAAUUUAGAUGUUUAUGUAAAAAAAUCCAAAACAGGAUUUGAAAUAACAAAUACAAUUGAACUUGAUGAAUUAUUAAAAGAUCUUAUCAAACGAAUCACCAUCAAAUUAAAUCAAGAUAUAUAUUGUGAUGAACGAAUGUCAUCUAAUUUUCAUGGACAAUAUGGACCAAAUACAGAUGAUCCAUAUGGACAAUUGCCUUCACAUCAUCCACAACCUCAAAUAGUAAGAAAUCAGAAUGAAAUACAAAUGGAAUAUCGUAAUGGUAAAGCUGAACAUAUGUAUGGACAACCACCAUCAUCAUUAACAUCUACAAUAGUUUUAACAUCUGAAGGAGGUGAUUUGGGAUCGUAUGAUAAUUUAUUUUCAUCUAGAAAUAAUAAAAAUGAAGUACAAUUAACAGCAUCAUCAUCACAAAUGUAUUAUAAUGAAUUUGAUGACAUUGAUAUGGAUGACGAACAAUUAACAACUACUCGACAUUUAAAUCGAACAUACCAAUCAGGUAAUGAAAUAGCCAAUAAUCUACGAUCAUCUUCAUCACAUAAAGAUGAAUCAUUAACAACAUCACAACAUUCGAUUUCAACAUCAAAUCAGAAUACAAAUACAUUAUUAUUUGAACAACAAUGGCAACCAUUCAGUUCUACAACACCUACUCAUCAUUUUCAAACAAUAAGACCACAAAGUAUUUCAGCUGCAUCAUCACAUUCAUCAAAAUUUAUAAUAAAUAAUAAUUCAACAAAAGAUAAAUCAUUAUAUAUGAAUAGUGAUUCAAAACCUUCUAUAUCAAGUAUGACAUCAUCACAAAAUAAUAUGUUUCAAAUAAGAAAUACUUCACCAUCAUUAAUUUCAUCAUAUAACUUAUCAACUAAUCAAGGAUCAAAACAAUCAUUAAAUAAUUCAAAUUUACCAUCACAAUAUAUGGGAUUUCAAAAUAUGAAUCCUCAUGAUCGUAUGUUAGCUUCACCAGAUGUAACACCAAAACAGUUUAAUCCAUAUGAAUCAAUAGUUCCAAAUAAUCCAGCACAAUUAUCAAAAGCUUUACCACAUUCACCACCAUCAUCUGAUUCAAUGCAACAAUAUUCUCAUCAUUUAUCAUCAUCAAAUUAUUUUCAAACGUACAAUAUGAAUCCAUUAUAUAAUGCACCAUCUGGUCAUCAACAACAACAACAACGUAUGCAUUUUUCACCUAUGAUACCCGGUAGUGUUUUUACGAGAACGAGACGUCAUCAUCUUUAUCAUGAUCCAUCUAUGUAUCCUCCUCAUCCAAUAACAAUAAUGCCAAUUCAACAAUUAAAUAUUCAACAUUUAGGCCUAGAUGCACCAUCAAAUUUUCAACAGCAACAAAAUCAAUCAAAUGAUCCACAACUUGACCCAAUAAUAAAUUAUGUAAAAGCACCACCACAAAAUUCAAAUCUAUAUGAUGAACCAUCACCACCUCAUUGA